AUGACGCCGACUCGGAAGUCUGCCGUGGCGCAGCACGCGUUCAACGACACAAGGCACAAAAAAAUCACGUCUGGGCCGGAGCAGACAGAGCAGGGGGAAUCGGAACAGGGAAAUAGCUCGGAAUUGGGUUCCCACAGUGCGCCCCCCAACCAGGGUCGCGAUGGGUUCUUAUCUAAUAGGCAACUGUCGAUGGGUCUUGGGUAUUGGGUCUAUCGGGCCCACUUGGGUACGCGGGAACAGGGAAUAACAACCGAUUCCAAAAAUCCCACGCCGUCUAACAUUUAA